CCUACCUAUCAGGCUGCUACUUUACUGCAGCCGAUUCAACAUCAAUUGCAUAGGCCAAUUUACCCUCUUUCAACAUCCCCAUCUUUACUACCGAUCUCUUUCUUCUCUCGUCAUGGCCUCUACCAACGAAGAAAAAUCAGCAAUACAACAAGAAGCAGAAGACGCAGCUCUGCGCGGGGAUGCACCCAAAGUCCGCGAAUGCCUCCAACACGGCGCGAGUCUGUGGUCGAACGCGAUCACUUUGCUCGCCCUGCAGAAUGGCGAUGUCGAGACCUACAAGGUUCUCCUGGACGCCGGGGACGAUGUCAACCGGAACAUGGGCUACAUAGGGACCCCACUCGUCUCCGCCCUCCGACAUAACCACGAACCACUGCUGGAAUUUCUUUUCUCGCAGGAUCUCGACGUCAACAUGGGCGGAUUCGGGACCUGGCUGCCGACCGUCAGCGUGGCGGUUCGCUAUGCCCACGACAUUAAAUGGCUGAAAGCGAUUCUGGACAGAGGGGCCAGACUCGAACGAACGGGUGCCCUGCAUGUUGCAGCAUAUCUGGGCUAUGUGGAUCGGAUGCAGAUGCUACUUGACUACGGGGCUGACGUGAACGAGGUCCCGUUUAUGAAGGUGGUGGCUUUUUUCAGCCACAGCAAGAAGCCGAAGCCUUCUUACAGCACAAGAGGGACGCCGCUGCAUUGGGCCAUUGCGGGUGGGAGUGUUGCGGCUGUGGAGAUGCUGCUGACCCGUCAGCCUGACUUGGAUGUGAUGAAUGAGGAAGAAGUUUCUGCUGGUCAGAGCCUGGAUGCAUUCAGAAUCAGCAGGGCUGAGGGAUGCUUUAGUGUCUGAUGUAUUUCUUGUGUUUCAUAUUAUUCUGUUGAAAGACAUGUAGCCAU